CACACAGACAACAGAUCCGCGCUUCUUGAACUACCCCUCCGCUCAGCCACACUCGCACAAUGCCGGAAAUCAAGCUCACCUACUUCGAUAUGCGCGGCCGCGCUGAAGCAUCCCGCCUUGCGCUCGUGGUGGGCGAAAUACCCUUCGAGGACGAGAGGGUGGUAUUCGACCACUGGAAAGAGGCGAAGCCGAAAACCCCGUACGCUGCGCUGCCGAUGUUGACCGUGGACGGCAUGCAGGUGGCCCAGUCGGACGCGAUUCUGCGCUACUGUGGAAAGCUGGCGGGUCUGUAUCCGUCCGACCCGCUGGAGGCCGCCAAGGUGGACGAGGUGGGCGGUGUCAUUGAUGACGUCACCCACGCCAUGUACCGCUACCGCGGCGAUGAUAAGGAUAAACUCCGCGAGGAAAGGGACAAGUUCUCCAAAGUCGAUGUGCCGAGGUACGUCGGCGCGCUGGAGAAGAGGCUCGAGGCCUUCGGCGAUGGGCCGUGGGCCGUCGGAGGUAACAUGACUAUCGCCGAUUUGCACAUCUGUCACUUGGUCACUAAUAUCAGGUGCGGCAUGCUGGACUUUGUAGAUAAGGAUUUGUUGGAGGGGUAUGUCAGAAUUGUUAAGUCCUACAGUGCUGUUAUGGAGCAUCCCAAGGUCACGGAGUGGUACGAGAAGAAGCCGGUGAAGAUGUUUUCGUAGCGAUGUCAGCGUGUAGUGCCAGCAAUCGCAGCGUUGCUUUAGAUGCGUGGUAGGGUUAGUUUGAGCGCCUCUGGUGUGCCUCUUUAUAAACUCAUUGUUGCCAUACCGGCAUGUGCGGUACAUAUCGUAUGUAGGGUAUUGGUAAGUGUACGGGUUGCUCGA